GACGUCGCCACGGAGCGAGCGAGCCCGAACCGGAUCCUUGACGAGCACCCCUGCUCCGCGUUCUCUCUCCGCGUCUGCCAGGAGAGGCCCUGCGGCCUGAGGGAGACCCGCCGCCCGCACCCCGGCGCAAGCGCAGCCCCGGUCUAUCGGGCCCGAGCCCGAGAAACAGUUGGGACCCCUGAUUGCCACAGGAUGGCCCAAUGGAAUCAGCUACAGCAGCUCGACACGCGGUACCUGGAGCAGCUUCAUCAGCUGUACAGCGACAGCUUCCCGAUGGAGCUGCGGCAGUUUCUGGCUGCUUGGAUCGAGAGUCAGGAUUGGGCAUAUGCGGCCAGCAAGGAAUCACAUGCAACUUUGGUGUUUCAUAAUCUCCUGGGUGAGAUUGACCAGCAAUACAGCCGUUUCCUGCAGGAGUCAAAUGUUCUCUAUCAGCACAAUCUGCGGAGAAUCAAGCAGUUCCUUCAGAGCAGAUAUCUGGAGAAGCCAAUGGAGAUUGCCCGAAUCGUGGCCCGGUGCCUGUGGGAAGAGUCCCGCCUGCUCCAGACUGCGGCCACUGCAGCCCAGCAAGGGGGCCAGGCCAACCACCCCACAGCCGCCGUGGUGACAGAGAAGCAGCAGAUGCUAGAGCAGCACCUACAAGAUGUUCGGAAGCGAGUACAGGAUCUAGAACAGAAAAUGAAAGUGGUCGAGAAUCUCCAGGAUGACUUUGAUUUCAACUAUAAAACCCUCAAGAGUCAAGGAGACAUGCAGGACCUGAAUGGAAACAACCAGUCAGUGACCAGGCAGAAGAUGCAGCAGCUGGAGCAGAUGCUCACGGCGCUGGACCAGAUGCGGCGGAACAUCGUGAGUGAGUUGGCGGGGCUGUUGUCCGCGAUGGAGUAUGUGCAGAAAACUCUCACGGACGAAGAGCUGGCUGACUGGAAGAGGCGGCAACAGAUUGCGUGCAUCGGAGGCCCUCCCAACAUCUGCUUAGAUCGCCUCGAAAACUGGAUAACCUCAUUAGCGGAAUCUCAACUUCAGACCCGCCAACAAAUUAAGAAACUAGAGGAGUUGCAGCAGAAAGUGUCCUACAAGGGGGAUCCCAUCGUACAGCACCGGCCAAUGCUGGAGGAGAGGAUUGUAGAGCUGUUUAGAAACUUAAUGAAAAGUGCCUUUGUGGUCGAGCGGCAGCCCUGUAUGCCCAUGCACCCUGACCGGCCAUUGGUCAUCAAGACUGGAGUCCAGUUCACUACCAAAGUCAGAUUGCUGGUCAAGUUCCCUGAGUUAAAUUAUCAGCUUAAAAUUAAAGUGUGCAUUGACAAAGACUCCGGGGAUGUUGCAGCUCUCAGAGGGUCCCGGAAGUUUAACAUUCUGGGCACAAACACAAAAGUGAUGAACAUGGAAGAGUCCAACAAUGGCAGCCUGUCUGCAGAAUUCAAACACCUGACCCUGAGAGAGCAAAGAUGUGGUAACGGGGGCCGAGCCAAUUGUGACGCCUCCCUGAUUGUCACCGAGGAGCUGCACCUGAUCACAUUUGAGACUGAGGUGUAUCACCAAGGCCUCAAGAUUGACCUUGAGACCCAUUCCUUGCCAGUUGUGGUGAUCUCCAACAUCUGUCAGAUGCCAAACGCCUGGGCAUCAAUCCUGUGGUAUAACAUGCUGACCAACAACCCCAAGGUAGGCGCCCGUCCUCUGGAAACCGUUGUUGUCCCUCAUGUGGGUCCUUGGGCACCGCUGUCUCAUCUCACUGAGCAACCGUGUUAUUUUCAACAGAACGUGAACUUCUUCACCAAGCCCCCGAUUGGCACCUGGGAUCAAGUGGCCGAGGUGCUGAGCUGGCAGUUCUCCUCCACCACAAAGCGAGGGCUGAGCAUCGAGCAGUUGACGACAUUGGCUGAGAAACUCUUAGGACCCGGUGUGAACUAUUCAGGGUGUCAGAUUACGUGGGCUAAAUUUUGCAAAGAAAACAUGGCUGGCAAAGGCUUCUCCUUCUGGGUUUGGCUGGACAAUAUCAUUGACCUUGUGAAAAAGUACAUCCUGGCUCUUUGGAAUGAAGGGUACAUAAUGGGUUUUAUCAGUAAGGAGCGGGAGCGGGCCAUCUUGAGCACCAAGCCCCCAGGCACCUUCCUGCUACGGUUCAGUGAAAGCAGCAAAGAAGGAGGUGUCACCUUCACUUGGGUAGAGAAGGACAUCAGCGGUAAGACCCAGAUCCAGUCAGUGGAACCAUAUACUAAGCAGCAGCUGAACAACAUGUCAUUUGCUGAAAUCAUCAUGGGCUAUAAGAUCAUGGACGCUACCAAUAUCCUGGUGUCUCCGCUGGUCUAUCUCUACCCCGACAUUCCGAAGGAGGAGGCGUUUGGAAAGUACUGUCGACCAGAGAGCCAGGAGCAUCCCGAAGCUGACCCAGGUAGUGCUGCUCCAUACCUGAAGACCAAGUUUAUCUGUGUGACACCAACGACGUGCAGCAAUACCAUUGACCUGCCGAUGUCCCCCCGCACUUUAGAUUCAUUGAUGCAGUUUGGAAAUAAUGGUGAAGGUGCUGAGCCCUCAGCAGGAGGGCAGUUCGAGUCCCUCACGUUCGACAUGGAGUUGACCUCGGAGUGCGCUACCUCCCCGAUGUGAGGCACUGCGGGCUGAGGCUGCAGAGAGCAAGGACGGAGGCACCUACCUGUGUUUCACCACCCUUACACAGCCAGCCCCAGAUCGUCUGAGACUCCUCUAACUUUGUGCUUCCAGAUUUUAAUCUCCUACUUCUGCUAUCUUUGAGCAAUCUGGGCACUUUUAAAAAUAGAGAAAUGAGUGAACGUGGGUGAUACGCUUUUACCUAAAUGCAAAUAAGAAUGUGUUCUCUGAGACUGUGACCGGCGGGGAUGUGGAAGGGGUGGCAAGAGGGAGAGAGAGUGGAGAUGUUCUGGUCUUUUCUUGCUGCCCGGCCCUCCUCUCUCAGCAGCUCAUGUUGUCCUUGGACAAGUGCCUCCUGGUGCCCGCAGAUCCCUCUGUAAGCUCACGCCACAGGCUGCCUCUAGCUACGUUACUCCUGGCAUUGCACUUUUAACCUUGCUAACAACCAAAUAGAAGAUAGGACUUUCACAGCCCCUAGGUUUCUUUUUAAAUUAAAAAAAAAAAAUUAAAGGGCAAAAAACACUGUAUUGGCAUAGCCUUUUCUGUAUUUAAGACAACUCAGUCAAUAGCCUUCUUGGUGCUUUAGGCAUUCAGCUUUCUUCAGGCUGAUAAUUUAUAGAAAUCCUGAAAUGGGCUUCAGAUCCAGUCCUUAAAAGACAUCUGAAGCUGUGGCUUGGCCUUUGGUUAUGAAAUAGGAAGGUUGAAGGACAACCUAAACAUCCUAGACAUUUUUUAAUAAACAAAGUUUUUAUUUUCCCCUUUAAUGUGUUGGCCUAUUAGUAGGUAAGGCUGGGCAGAGGAGUGCUUACCACCUGUCAUUUCCCGACGCCCCAGCCCACCCACCUCCAUCUCCCUGGACUUCUGCUCCUGUUCCAUAGCCUGGGCUGUUCUGUGGGUGCCUUAUAAGGGAUGGGGUGAUCCUUCCUUCCUCCCUGUCCACCUUACUUCCCUUGUGUAGGGCUCCUUCCAGUGUCUAAAGGUCCCCUGUUCUGUUUGCUUUGGGUAUCCCGGAAUAAGAAGGCGAGAGUUAACAGGUGGAACACAACAGACUGUGGGGCCCCAGCCAAGGGUCUAGUUGAGCUCAGGGAAUAUGGUUCUUAUCCCGGUUUCUUGAUGUUUUCUGGCGGCACCUCUAAUCCCUUCUUCACUUGGUUAAGCCAGGGGCAAAGGCUUACUGAUAAACUUGAGGUCUAUCCCUCGUGUGAGGGAGUGUACACCCUGGCCUCCCCCCGCCGCCACCUCAGCCCCCAGUGCUGGUGACAGUCUUCUCCCCAUUGGGGCCUUGCAGAUGAAGCUGGUGACUGUCUUCUCCCCAUUGGGGCCUCACAGAUGAAGCAGAAGCACUCCCCAUUUACUGUACGUUUCAGAACACUUCGUGCUCUCCAGUAUUUGGGCCGCCUCUCUCCCAGAGGCCCAACUAGAUCAGGCAGUCCAGGACCACCUUAUCCCAGUUGGUGGGAGUGCUGUUUGUUUUACCCAUACUCACCAGGUUCAGAAAUAAGGGGAUGGGGACCUUCUCUCCAAGACAGACAGGGGUUGUGCUUGGCCAUCCCUGUCCUUUGGCCUAGACACGUUGGUAGGUAGCACAGAGCUCUCCCUUUUCCAGCAACACUCUUCACUUCAUAAUAAGCUUAACUCAGAAACUGAGAGAUGAUUUAGAUCAGAGGGACCUGGGGCAAGGAUCCAGGCUUCUCUGGAGCCGAUAUUGUAAAGUUCGUGGCUUUGAGGUAGCAUGUGUAUCUGGUUUUAACUCUGAUUGUAGCAAAAGUUCUGAGAGGAGCCCAGGCUUGGCCCCUCCCUUCAAGAAUCGAACCCUCCAGGACCUGCCUGCUUUCUCUCUGCUGUCUCCCCCUGCCCAUCCCCAGCCCAGUCCCUAUAGAUGGCUCAAACUACCUGCUCAGUGGCUUGUGGGCUGCUAUCCUGGUCACCGCAUCAGAUUCCACUGUAUACUUCAUAGUGUAAAAAUUUAUAUUAUUGUGGGGUUUUGGUUUUUUGUUUCAUUUUUGUAUAUUGCUGUAUCUACUUUAACUUCCAGAAAUAAAAGUUAUAUAGGAACCGUC